AUGCUGAAGGUGAAUCGAGUAUCAUCGAAGAACAGUAUGGAUUUCGUAAACAGUCUUGAUACUGACAUGUCCGUAGCUAUUCUUUCGUGCCUAGAUGAUCCAUCAGAUCUUGUCCGCGCUAGUGCUGUCUCACGCUCUUGGCGCGAGUUUGUGAUUAAGUACAGUCUCUCAAAGAAUCUUUGCCUGAGGUUGUUCCAUCAGCUAACAAGCGUGGAUCACAUAAUAGAAGCAAACGAAGAGUCCUCUGAAGCAGCAGGGUCAAGCAGUCUCAUGGAAACAAGGCUACUAGAAAAAGAGCACAGGGCUUACGCCUUGUUGAUUAGAGGAUGCGAAUCAUCCCCUAUCAGAAGCUGUAUCGCUGACGCCAUUAUAGCCUCUAGCACUGAUAACUUCCCAGCAGAGAGUAUCUUAAACACACUCGAAGAAAGAGAUCGAAUUGGUCCAACGCCUUCGUAUUGGUCGAGUACUGGACAACACAAGACUUCAGUGCCCGAAACACUUCUUUACAAGUUGAAGGGUGAUUUGUGUGUCAUCACUGAAUUCAGCAUCCAGCCUUUCCAAGCUUAUUUUCAGCGCGGUAGUCCGAUAUACUCUUCGCAUUAUGUUCGUUUCCGGUUGGGUCACCACAAUAGCGAUCUACAAGAUAAAAAAGGUGAAUCAGGAAAGACUCCGGUUGAAAGCAACUACGUAUGGACUUACACUUCACAAGAGUUUCCGAUGGCUCAGGAGAAUCGGUUGCAGAACUUCAAGCUUCCAGAGCCCGUUCUCUGCAUUGGGGGGUAUAUGCUAAUGGAGUUUAUAGGUCGAGUUCAGACACAAGAAAUGGAUGGCCAAUACUAUAUAUGCGUGUCACAUGUCAAAGUGAUGGGAAGAUCACUAGGGAAGUCGUUUCGGGUGGUGAAUCCGAAUGACUCUGGGAAAUUUGGGUUGAAGGUAAUGAGUUACAGUGAUCCACAAGAAAUGGAUGAGGAGGUGGAAGUAGAGGCAGGGCAAAGUCCGUUUAGACCAAUGAGAAACCUGGAACAGCUCUUGAAUUUCCUGCACAGGCAUCCUCUGGACGUCGAGUAUGUUUGGCCUGAGUCAGAGAACGAUGCUGAUGAAUCAGACGAUGAUGAGGUUUAA